AUGACUUCAAUAAUUAGAUCGGAGACGAUAGAAGUGCUAGAAGAGGAACCACUGACAACUAAGACUCAUGAUCAUCCACUGGAAUCGGAUCCCAUCCCUGUGGAAGUGUGUAGCAAAUCACCUGCCUCCCUGGAGAUGACUCAAGGCGUUUCAGAGGGAAGAGUUCACCUUGGCUCUAGCCCUAAAAUGGGGGGAAGUUGUGAUCUCGGCCACCAGGAAGGACUUCAGUCCAGGUCCCUUCAUUUGUCCCCCCAAGAACAAUCUCCCGAUCGUCAAGACAAGAGUCGAUCUUGGCGGCGAGCAAGUAUGAAAGAAAUGAGCCGGCGGAAGUCACUGCCUGCCUUUCAUCAGGGCAUCACAGAGCUCAGCAGAUCCAUCAGUGCCAACUUAACAGAAAGCAAACGGCUUGUUGCUCUCCUGCUUUCCAGUUUCCAGUUCUCUGUUCAGAAACUUGAACCUUUCCUAAAGGACACUGAGGGCUUCAGUCUUGAAAGUUUUAGAGCCAAAGCAUCUUCUCUUUCUGAAGAAUUGAAGCAUUUUGCAGAGAGCCUGGAAGGUAAUGGAACUCUACAAAAAUGUUUUGAAGAUUCAAAAGGAAAAUCAUCAGAUUUGUCUCUGGAAACAUCAGUGGCUGAAAUGAAGGAAUACAUAACAAAAUUUUCUUUAGAACGUCAGUCUUGGGAUCAGCUCUUGCAGUACUACCAGAAGGAGGCUGAAGAGAUCAUAUCCAGAGGAUCAGCUGAAACCAAAGUUACUGAAGUUGAAGUGGAACCUGCAACAUAUCUUGGAUCUUCCCAGAGUGAAGUCCUUAAUACAAAGCCUGACUACCAGAAGAUAUUGCAGAACCAAAACAAAGUCUUUGAUUAUAUGGAGUUGGUGAUGGAUGAACUGCAAGGGUCAGUGAGGCAGCUGCAUGCUUUUAUGGAUGAAAGUACCCAGUGUCUCCAGAAGGUGUCAGUACAGCUCGGGAAGAGAAGCACACAACAAUUAGAUCCCUCUCCAGCUCGAAAACUGCUCAAGCUUCAGCUACAGAACCCACCUACCACACAUUGCUCUAAGUCUUGUCAGUGAAUUCAUGUAGCUUUCCUGCACAAGGUGCUCCAGAGGAGAGAAAUGGGAAGAGUGCCCCAGCACAUGGCAACUGUGUGGCAGUCUGAGCUGGUGAUAGCUGCCCUGUUGCCUUUGAGGAUAACGGGCUGAAUGUAGAGCCCUGCAGUUUUUUUUUUCUAAAAGUGACAGAAUUUAUGCAUCUGAAAGAGUUUAGUAUAGGUGCUUUUUCCAAGAAUGUGCAAAAUGCUUGCAACUUCUAUUGUGGAAUGACCUUGAGAACUAGUAGCCCAUUCUUUUAAAUAUCCUUCAUGGUCAGUAAUCUUCAUCUUGUGAAGAUGUUUUUUAGGUUUUGAAACAAUCCAAAGUCAUUCAGUACCAAAUCCAGGGAAACAUUUUAGGGGUCAAGUUGGGUUCUGGUAGUAAAGGAAUGGGACUAAUUUUCUAGUGUGGCCCUGAAGGUGAUUUUUGGUAGAGGAGUUGUGAGCAUUGUUUGCAUCAUGUGGAUAAAUGUGUUAUCACUUUACACGAUGUCCAGGUUGAAGGAAAUACCAUUCAUUCUCUGUCCUGUUCACAGUGUGCUUUAGGUUUUAAUAUUGAGUUGACAUCCUAACUCCUAGAUUCAUGGCAGGAGGGGGCUAAGUAUUGUUUUUCAUUGUUCUCUAUUUUUAAUAAUUUGCAUUAUAAAAUUGCACAUUAUUAAAAGCUUUCUUUUGUCUUUGUG